CACACACACUCGGUUAGAGGAAGUAGCAGAACCAGAAUACAGGAGAAGCUGUUGAGUUAUUUCUUUAUUUCUGUAUUAAUCGAGUAUUAAUCAGUAUUAAUUUGUGUGUGUGAGGUGUGUGUAAGGUGUGUGUGAGGGGUGAUGGGUAAGGUGCAGGUAGGUACCGGGCCCUUUGCUCGGAGGCCUGAUAACUCUGCGUUUAAGCAGCAGAGGCUCCCGGCCUGGUCUCCGUCUCUCACUCCGUACACUGUGCUGCCUGUGUUCUACCUCCUGGCUGUGGUGUGUGUGCUGCUCGGAGUCUGGCUCUUCAUCACUGUGGAGAACACACACGAGCUGAAGGUUGAUUACACAGAGGAGGGAACCUGCAUUAGAUGCUUUGAAUUACGGAAGGAUCCCAUCCAGGCCAGGAACAGCUGUGACUGUGUCGUCAACUUUAAUAUCCCAAAGACUUUCCCGGGGGAUGUGUUCUUCUACUAUGGACUGGUAAAUUUCCACCAGAACCUGCGCAGGUACAUGGACUCCCGUGAUGAAGACCAGCUGGUUGGGAGGAAGAAGAGCCUGAAGUCGCCCAGUUCCUACUGUGAGCCGUUCGCUCAUGAUGAGCAUGGAGAACCUAUAGCUCCGUGUGGUGCUAUAGCUAACAGCAUGUUUAAUGAUUCGUUCACGCUGACGUAUCAUCCCCCUGAUGGUGCUGAAGUUCCUGUUCCGCUGUACAGGAGAGGAAUCACCUGGUACACUGAUAAAAACGUCAAGUUUCGUAACCCCCCAACAAACACAACACUCCAGCUAGCCUUCCAAGGUACAGCACAGCCGUUGUUCUGGCAGCAGCCGGUGUACGAGCUGGACCCAGCUGACCCCAGUAAUAACGGCUUUAUUAAUGAUGAUCUGAUCGUGUGGAUGAGAGAGGCAGCCUUCCCCAACUUUAAGAAGCUCUAUGGUAUUCUGAUCCGUGCUGAAACCCCCUUCUCAGAAGGGCUGCCUGCUGGAAACUACAGCGUCAACAUCAGCUAUAAUUUCCCUGUUCAGUAUUUCCAGGGCAGGAAGGAAGUAGUUCUGUCCACUGUAAGUUGGUUUGGUGGGCAGAACCAUUUCCUGCCCAUCGCGUACCUGGUGACCGGAGGGCUGAUCUUUAUAGCCGCCAUAGUUCUCACUGUGGUCUAUGUGAAGGUCGGCCGCGAUGGAAAGAACAUGGAGGAGUAGAAGAAACAGGAAAGACCAAAGAGGAGAAGGCAAAAAUGGACGAGUAUGCACUAGCUACACCAGUAAAGCACUGUGUAUUUAUUCUGAUUUAUUAAACAUUUUACAAAUUUUAUUGUUGGUUCAGCCUUAUAAUAUAAUAACCGAAAAGUGAGCCAAUGAUGUCAUACUCUCAGAGUUAUCCUAAAAAAAAAUGUGAAAGAACCAACUGGAUGCAUUAUAUAUAUUUUUUUAACCAGGUUUGAUAUUUCCUGCUGUUUUAAUUCUAUUUCAUAAAUGUAAUAAACAUAAAAUGAUGUUUAAUAACAUCAGUAUAGUUUC